AUGCUGGCGGCCAUCUUGCUUUACGUCUCGCGUGUGUCUGUGUACGUGAACGCCCCAUCCUCAAACCAUCAGGAUUCAGGGCUCAGGAUGGCGUCUCUCUUUAGGUCCUACCAGGCCCUGAUUACCAGACGGCCGUGGACGGUGCAGAUCAUCACAGCAGGUUCUCUGGUGGGUCUGGGGGAUGUGGCGUCUCAGCAGCUGAUCGAGAGGAAGGGUCUGAACCACAACGUGCAGAGAACCAUAAAGAUGAUGGGGAUCGGCUUCUGCUUUGUGGGACCAGUGAUCGGCUCCUGGUACAAAGUCCUGGAUAAACUGGUUCUGGGGACCAGCAAGACUGCAGCCAUGAAGAAGAUGCUGGUGGACCAGUUGUGUUUUGCUCCUUGUUUCCUUGGCUCCUUCCUUCUUCUCUCUGGAGCUCUGAACGGACUGAGCAAUGAACAGAACCUGCAGAAAUUCAGACGGGAUUACCCAGAUGCUCUCAUCGCGAACUACUAUCUCUGGCCUCCAGUUCAAAUCGCAAACUUCUACUUCAUUCCUCUGCACCACAGGUUGGCAGUGGUGCAGGUGGUGGCUGUGAUCUGGAACUCGUACCUCACGUGGAAAGCAAACAAACUGUGA